AAUCCUAUUCCUUCUAAUCGCCUCCGCCCGGCUCUGGUGGAUGCAGGGAUCCAGACAUCAUCUUCGCUGUCAUUGGUCAGCGCUGACAGCCUGUGGUGUGUAUUAGAACCCUCAGCCUGACAGACCGAGCCAGACUGCAUCUGUCUCUGACGGCAACAUUGGGACACAGCGUCGGCAUGGAUUUACGCGUUGUUAUAGAGCAAAUGGAGACGGGAGAACAAGACAGGGCCCUGGCGGUGUUACAGAGCUUCAACACAGAGCUCUAUUUCUUUUUUGCAGAUGAGCCAGUGCUUCACAUUCAACAGAGAAGAGGCAAAGGAAAGAGAGCAUCUUGGGGAACUGUUGCUCGGUUUCCUCUGCAGGGAGCUGCAACCUUCCUGUCUGCUGGCAUGUCUAGAGACGAUUCGAAUCUUGACCAGAGACAAACAUUGUUUGGAUCCAUUCAUCAGCCACUCAGCAAUGCUCACACUUGCCCGCUAUGCUGGCAUUGCCAAUGUCCAUCUGGCCAAACCUGCCCAGGGUCCAUUUGAGGAGAGCAAAGUGGGUGUUGUGGGGAAGGAUGGGGAAGAGGCAGCAGAAGACUCACGUGCGCUGCUAAAGGAAUCUCCCUGUCCUUCAAAAAACCCCGAUCAAGAAGUAAUUGUUGAGGCUCUCAAGUCCAUCUGUAACAUCCUGCUCCAUAAUGAGAUCGGACAGGUCGUAGCAGCUGAUCUCCAUCUUAUUAAUGGUGUAGCGGAGAGGCUGAAGCAGUGCAAUCAUACCACCUGGAAUCAUCAGGUCCGUUUCUUUGAUCUGCGACUUACCUUCCUGCUGACUGCCCUGAGGGUGGAUGUCAGGGCACAGCUGGCCCAGGAGCUUCAUGGAAUCAAACUCUUAUGCAACCAGUUGGAAGCCACUCUGGGUCUCAGUUGGCCAGAUCCCCUGGUGACAGCCAGAGCAGGGUUUGAAGGUGUUCCACUUGAGGAACUGCCCCCACUGAGCAGGCAGCAGACAGAGUUAAUUAUGGAAAUACUGAAAAUACUUUUCAACAUCACAUUUGACACAAACCGACGCAAGGUUGAUGAGGAAGAUGCAGCGGAGUACAGACACUUGGGUGCUCUACUGAGACAUUGUUUGAUGAGCCGAGCAGAUGGAGAGGAGAGGACCGAGGAGUUCAACAGCCAUACUGUGAAUUUACUGGGGAAUCUGCCGUUGCUUUGCUUGGAUGUACUCUUGUUGCCAAAGGUGGAACACGGCUCCAUUGAGUACAUGGGGGUCAACAUGGAUGCUGUCAACAUGCUGCUGGAAUUCAUGGAGAAAAGACUUGACCAUGGCCAUAAGAUGAAAGAGACUCUUCUCCCAUGCCUGAACUUACUGACAGAGAGUUCCCGCAUACAUCGAGAGACCAGGAAAUUCCUCAGGUCAAAAGUGCUGCCCCCCCUUCGCGAUGUUAAAAACAGGCCAGAAGUGGGCAAUACUCUGAGGAAUAAAUUAGUCCGUCUUAUGACACACAUUGACACCAAUGUCAAGGAGUGUGCUGCUGAAUUCCUCUUUGUGCUCUGCAAGGAAAGUGUUUCAAGGUUCAUCAAGUACACUGGAUACGGUAACGCUGCUGGUUUGCUGGCUGCCAGGGGACUGCUCGGAGGGGGCAGAGACUCUGGGAUCUACUCUGAAGAUGAAGACUCUGAGACUGAAGAGUACAGAGAGGCAAAACCCCAUAUAAACCUGAUCACAGGUGUUGUAGAAAAGGAGCAGCCCAACCCCAUGGAGGGAAUGACAGAGGAGCAGAAGGAGUACGAGGCCAUGAAGCUGGUCAACAUGUUUGACAGACUGUCAAGGACCAAUUUCAUCCAGCCCAUGCAGCUUGGUUCAGAUGGAAAGAUGAGAGAGAUGACCAGAGAGGAUCUGAAUAAACUGGCCACUAAACCGUUGUUCCAGUCAGAAGAGCUAGCUGAUCCAGACAGUGACGAUGAAAGCUAGUGAACACACAAGCAUGACAGCAGAAUCUGAUUCAACCUUGGAGACAACACAGCAUAUUAUAAUCACAUUGUUUCACUUGCACCAUGCUGGUCCGCUGUGUUUAUUCUGAUUGGAGGAGAGAUAAAACAUUAGAGUUUAGUUUAGCAGAUGUCAGAAUGCAGCAUUGUGUGUAUAGCAGGAACCUGAAAGAAGCAGUUAUACACAAUGAAUCAAUAAUUUUAACCAGUAAUGAUAAUUUAAUAAUUAGCACUACUGUCCUAAGAGUACAUUUACGUUGUCCUACAAAUGUGAUUUAGUUUCAUCAUCAGUUGACUUCAGGCUUAAAACCAUCACUGACUGUUGAUUGUGAUUUUUUUUUUUUUUAUUCACAAAGAAAUAUUUUACAAAAUGUAGGGAUUUUACAAAAGACCACGUAUGAUCUUACUUUUAGAAAACAAUUUUGUUUUUAAAUACUUUUUAUUCCUGAUUUGAGAGUUAGCUUCCCUUUUGAAUUUGAAGUAAAAUAGAUGGUUGUUAUUUUUUAUUCCCAACAAAUAUUUUAUUUUGAGAAGUGAAGGACCCUUUACUGAUGGCUCGGCUUCUGUGUUAAACUUAACAUGGCAUAUUGUGCUAUGAAUAAAAUCUAUGAAAAAUGUAUGUCUGCUUCUUUGUAUUGUAAUUGAAUGUCUGUUUUUGACUGUAAAGUAUACCUACAUCUAAAUAAAUUCACCUUCUAUGGUCUCUUA